AACAGUCAAAACAUGGGGAGUGUAAGACUGGGAGCGUUAGUGUAGUAAGCGGGUGAGUUUCACUGAACAGAUCGGCCCGAUGUUAAUUGGAGAUAGUAGGAACUGCAGAUGCUGGAGAAUCCGAGACAACAAGGUGCAGGGCUGGAUGAACACAGCAGGCCAAGCAGCAUCAUAGGAGCAGAAAGGCUUCAAGCCGGAUCAUUGGGUAUUACCUUUUUAAACGUUGGCGCUUUACAACGAAGGCAGUGACUUCUAAUACCCCUAACCCCCUGCAGGCUGCGGCAAGAAGUGAAGGACGUCGGUCUGUGUCAGAGAUUCGGAAAUACUGUCUCUAGAACUCCUUGCCUUUCGAAAAGAAAUAUAGCACGGAGUGGAUGCAGAGGCAGUGAGUGUGAGUGGGGAAGGAGGAGCUGCUGCAUCUCUCCCCCCCGCGACUCCCCCCCACCAUGCGGGCCGUCACUUUGUUACAAUGAGUUGGAGCUAGGGGGCUGAGCCAAGGAGCGCCUCCGCCGCCCGUACAGUAAGGGAACAAAGGCAGCAGAGAGAGCCUGUUUAAUUUAUACAGAUUAUUUAUUUAAUAUCGGUCAUGUACAGGAUGGUGUUCCUCAUUCCUAUCAAGAAGAUUCGGAAACAUUUCACCGUGCUGAUGUUUGUUGUGAUUGUGGCGCUCGGAGUUUGGGCAGCUUACCUGGAGUUCGUAGCUUCCAGUGAGUGGAGGAGAGGCGCCUUCAAGCCCCAUCGAGAAUUUAGAAACUGGAAGAAACGACCUCAUGUGCAACGCAACAAAGUGCCUGGUGUCGCUCGGGACCUGGAAUAUUAUAACCAAAGAAAGGAGGAGACAGGGAAUGAGGAUCUUGACAGCAACCAUUGGCAAGAAAGUCACGAAUUAAAUUUUGCGAAAAUGUGGAGCUCUAAGUUCAUGGGACAAGCAAAUUUGCACAUAUUUGAAGACUGGUGUGGAGGCUCUGUUGAUCAGCUCAGGAAAAAUAUUCAUUUCCCUCUCUUUCCACAUACACGGACUGUAGUCAAGAAGUUGGCGGUGGCACCACGAUGGACCAACUAUGGGCUCAGAAUAUUCGGCUAUAUCCAUCCCUAUGCAGAUGGUGAAUUUCAGUUUGCAGUGGCCUCUGAUGAUAAUUCCGAGUUCUGGCUGAGCACAGAUGAGAGCCCUUCAAAUCUCACACUUCUGGCUAGAGUUGGAAAGACUGGUAAGGAGUGGACAGCCCCAGGAGAAUUUGGAAAGUUUCAAAGUCAAGUCUCCAAGCCCACACAGUUGUUAUCUUUUAAGAAAUAUUACUUUGAGGUACUGCACAAACAAAAUGCCCAAGGAACAGAUCAUAUAGAAGUUGCAUGGCGACUUCACAAUACUGGCCUUAAAUUCGACAUUGUUGAUUCAAAGCGUAUCUCACUUUAUGUUAACGAGUCACUGAUAAAACUAAAUGAGGUUCAGCACAUUCCACAGUCUGUAGCAAGCCAUAAAAAGAAUUAUGGCCAAUCCAGCUCACGCAGAGACCAUCCAGCAGAAAUGCUGAAGUAUGACCCUCGCGACAGUUUUUUCCAAUUGCCUCUAAUUGAUGAGUCCCAUGUGCACAAAGUACUGCCUGACUGUGUCUACAGACCCAGCUAUAUAAUUAAAGGAUUCCCACUGCUUCGUUACCAGGGAUUACAGUUUGUUCAUCUGACUUAUGUAUAUCCUAAUGAUUACACAAGGCUAACACACAUGGAGUCAGAAAACAAAUGCCUCUAUUAUGAGAAUACCUAUAACUUGGACAGAUUUGGAUUUGAUAGAUACAUGAAAAUGGAUACACCACAAAAGCCAAACAAUGAAAAGUUUCAAAAUCCGUUCAGACUAGCAGGCGAAGGAAAGCCAAAUAAACAGAUCAAUGAUAAUGAGGAAGAUCUGGGGGAAACUGCUGAUUUAGACAAGGAAGAAUAUGAUGACAAUGAUGAUCAAUUUCCACAACUAGUGGUUCCAAAGGCUGAAUUCCAAAAACAAAACCAAAUGAACAUUGAGGAAUUUGGAAAUAAAAGAAAUCAUGGAUCUAACAUUCAGGAGAACAAACACUUUGCUAAACUACAUGAUGGACAGCAAGCAGUAACUGUCAAAGAUUAUGGAGAUGAUUAUGAUGACUAUGCUUUUAAAAGGAGACGCAAGUUGUUCUACGUUAUAGACCAGAAACCUAGUGAUAAUGCAUUUGGUCUUAUUAAGACUAUAGACACGAGACAAAUUGAGAUAACUCCUGCUGAUAAAGGAAUGAAGGACAGGAACAACGAAACUACUUCUUUUGAAGAAACUAUGCAGAGCACCCAAUCUCCGAGUCAAAAAAUAGCUAAUAUCUCCCACAGUUCUUCAAAAAAAAAGUACUCAAUAUCAGAUCAUGAUUUAGAAAGACAAUCAGCGACAUUACUUGUGGGACAGAAGGCUAGAGUUAACAAUACUACUCAGAAUGUUUUAAAGAGAGAAAAUCUAGAUAUUGACAAAAACAUUAGCAGAGUUCAAUUUCCUGAAAAACAAGUUCCUAGAUUAAGAAAGAGACAAGGAGAAAUGAUUGUUCAAAAACCAAAGAGGACAAUUUAUGCCCAGCAGCCACUUGCCUUGUUAGGCCAAAAUGUGAACAAGAAAGAUGGUACUUUCCUGAACAAAAAGGGAAUUAAAAAAAGUACAAACUUGUUAACAAGUCAUAGAGAAUUAACAUCACCACCCACCUUGCAAGAAGGAGUUGUUCAUGAUCAAAAACAAAUCAAAGUCUCUAACAAAUCUAUUCAUGGUCAAAGGAAUAAAACGUACAAUGGUACUAAGAACACAGGACCAAAAUUUCUGUCCAAGAAGGAGGUGCAGCCAAAUAAAGUAGAAGACCAGAUGGACAGAAUUCCAUCACUUGCAAAUGUGCAAAGGCAAGAUAAAGAACACGACUACCCUGAACAGAAAAAUAUUGCAGUACUUUGGGGGUCAAGAGGCAAAAUCAAAGAAAAGUUGCAAGGGUUUGGAAAGACGGAGGAAAAAUGGAGACAUAUUUCUUCAACGGAUACAGUAACUAACAGUAAACAGAUAAAUGAAGAAGAGGAUGAAGAUGAAAUGGAAGAGGAUCUGAAUGUUCACCAACAUGCAUAUGACAAAGCAGUUAGUUGGGAACAGACUUUCACAGUAAACAAUAUGGACUUCAAUGCCUUACGGUCAGACUGGAUUGAUCUGCGGUGUAAUGUUUCUGGAAACCUGCUGAUGAAAGAACAAGAGGCCCUGGAUGUAGCAGAAAUGUAUUUAAGAAAACUGAAUGAGAAGCAUAAAGGAAUAUAUACACUUCAUCAGUUGGUCAGUGUUGAAAAGCGCCUUGAUCGCAUACAUGGAAGUCGAUAUCUCCUGGAACUUGCACUGUUGGUGAAUAAAAAAAUGAUUGUGCGAUUAUCAGAGUACAUUUAUGGCCUCAACAGAAAUAGUUACUAUAUGGAUGGUGAUGAUGAUCGCAAGAUGAGAGCUAUUUUUAGACACAGAGGUCGGCAACUUAGAGAAAAGCAAGAAAAGAUUAUGCUGUGUGCACCAACCGGAUUUAAAUGGCACCGCAAUGCUGUGGUACACUUUAUAGUUCCAGUCAAAAAUCAAGCCCGGUGGGUGCAGCAAUUUAUCUUUGAUAUGGAAGAAUUGUACAGAGCUACUGGAGAUGAGUACUUCAAUGUCAUCAUUACCGAUUACAGUAGCACAGAUAUGGAUGUUGAAAAGGCCUUGAAACAAAGCAUGCUGACCAGGUAUCAAUAUGUGAAACUUGAGGGGAAUUUUGAGCGCUCAGCUGGUCUGCAGGCUGGAAUUGAUGUUAUAAAGGAUGAUCACAGCAUUGUUUUCCUGUGUGAUCUGCACAUUAGCUUCCCUCCAGGCAUAAUAGACAGCAUCAGAAAACAUUGUGUGGAGGGAAAGAUGGCAUUUGCUCCAAUAGUAAUGAGGCUGAAUUGUGGCUCCUCCCCACAGGAACCUGAUGGAUAUUGGGAAAUUAAUGGAUUUGGCUUGCUUGGAAUCUACAAAUCAGAUCUUGAUGGGAUUGGUGGGAUGAAUACAAAAGAAUUCCGUGACCGUUGGGGAGGAGAAGACUGGGAACUCCUAGAUAGGAUUUUCCAGGCUGGGUUGGAAGUGGAAAGAUUAUACGUGAGAAACUUCUUUCAUUUCUACCACUCCAAGCGUGGAAUGUGGAAUAGGAAGCAAGUAAAGGUGACGUAGUUACAGCGACCACAGGAAGUCUGGCUAGCAUGCACUUUAUCCAGUCAGGAUCAAAUUACCCCUGUCCAAAAACAAAUGGAGUACAGUGCUGUCUUAGGCGCAAUGUAUCUGAAGACAAUGGAAUUGCUGCUGUGAUAACUCAGGCUACUAAUAGGCAUAGGUUUUGUGAUCUUCAACCCAGGAAAAAUAUUACAAAGAGCCUCUCUCUGUACUUAAGUUUGUAAGUGGUGAAAAAAAACUCAACAAAAUAUUUUAUAUUUUUUUAUUCAAAGAAGUGCUAUGAUUCUGAUAUGUUUGGGUCUGAAAUGAAGAGUUAUGCAAUGGAACAAUAAGGCAAAAAUAUAGACUGACAUUUUUCAUUAGAGAGAAUAUGUAAAACUAAGACAAUAGUUCUAUUUUUGGGGUUGUGCUGUGCUAGUAUCUUACCCACUGUAUAACCCUGAUAUUCACAGGGUUACACAGAUGCACAGUUUGGUUUUCACUCACCCGAAAACAUUCAUGGGUCUACCAAGUUGAUGAUUUUUAUUGUCAUAGAUUAAAAACUUGCUAAUACCUUGGAAGUUACGUCUUUCAAUGGAAUUAAUUAAAAUGUUAUGCAUAUUUGUAACCAUUUCAGUUUGGGAAGGGGAGUUUAAUUGUCAUACUUUAAUGUUCAAAUACUAUGGGAAAUACUUAAAAGAAACAAGGUCAAAUUCAUUCUGUUUAAUUAGUUGUAUUACCAGCUCAGUUGGCAAGGUCGAGCAUGUGAUUUUUCUUCAUCUGUGUAUAUUUUCAGGAUAACAUUAUUGCUACUAUCUCCAUUUUUAACACUUUGAAGAGUUUACACCCCUAUAUAUUUAGUGAACCCAGUAUAUUUUUUUCUAAUAGUAAUAGGGCUACAUUUAUGCCUGAGAAUUUCUAGGCAUGGUUGUGCAUGACAGCUAAUUUACAUAGCUGUGAUUUAGUUUUGUUUUAGAUGCAGGGUCAUCUUUGAGUAAACUUACAUAGACUACAAUGAAGGGAAUUACUUCAACUGUUCUUUUAACGUAGGGCCAUGGAAUUAAAUGAUUCAACAUUGGAGUAAUGGUUCACUUUUCAUCAGAUUUAUUUCUGAGUUAUAAUACUAAAACUACUUCUGACAGGACAGUUUGCUAAGUUGGUUAAGUUGUACUUUGAUGCAGACUGUGUGCACACAAAAAUCUCCUUUAAUUCUCCUCUUUAGAGAUGCAGUUUUACACUUUAAAUACAAAUUAACUGUGCACCUAUACUUUUACUUGAGUAUGCAGAAUACACAGGUAUUUUUGCUGCCCUGUGUUUGUAACCAAGUACCUCAAUCAUGAGUCUUAUAUGAAAGCUCAUCACAAAAUUCAUCAGAAUUUAUUUUUCUAUGAAGGUAGAUAUGGGAAAAUUAGGUACUUUUCAAACACACUUUGGGUACUUAAGCAAAAACAGUAAGUUCUGGAAACACUUAGCAGAUCUGGCAGUCUCUGUGGAAAAAGAAAUAGAAUUAAUAUUUUGUGUCAGAUAUGUUCUGAAGGAAAGAUGCAUUCGACUUUGCUCUGUUUCUGUCUCUGCAGUACUGCCAGACAUGGUGAGAAUUUCCAGAACUUCCUGAUUUUAUUUCAGAUUCCCAGCAUCCAUGUGGUUUGCUUUUACUUUGGGUACUUAAAUAAGCAAGGAAACCAACACGAAACAUUAGUGAUAUCAAGACACUUUUGAUCAAGGUUCUUUCCAAGGGUGUAGACCUUUGUCUUACUGUAGAAUUCGUUUAUAACUGUACCUGUACAGUGUAGAUGUUGGCUUUAGUGAUGCUGGGAUGAAGGGUUAAUGAUUUCUAUGAAAUUGCUAAGUUGUGUAUAAUCAUGAUUUUUGGAAAUAAAAGUUUUGUUUUGAAA